CCUUGGAGGGAAUCAAAUGAGUGGGAUCAUCCCAGAAAGUCUUGGGGAGCUCUCAUCACUGGUUUCACUUGAUAUCUUUGGCAACAAAUGGGGAGGUGCCAUUACAGAAGCUCAUUUCGCGAAACUUGGAGGCCUGAGAAAAGUAUUAAUUGGAAAUUAUCCCCGAAACAUUUCCUUUUCUUUGGUUUUCAACAUAAGUUCUGAUUGGGUACCUCCUUUCAAAUUAAGAUACUUGGAAAUUAGAUCAUGCCAACUGGGUCCCAAAUUUCCGACAUGGCUUAGAAAUCAGACUGAGUUGACCACGGUAGUACUCCUUAAUGCUAGGAUUUCAGGCACCAUACCAGAUUGGUUUUUGCAGUUGGAUUUGCAAUUAGAUGAACUAAGUUUGGCUGAUAAUCAACUCAGCGGCAGGGUGCCCAAUUCAUUAAGAUUCAGCUAUGAUUCCCUUGUUGAUUUGAGUUCAAACUGCUAUGAGGGCCCACUCCCACUCUGGUCCUCAAACAUUUCUAGGCUGUAUCUUAGAGAUAAUCGAUUUUCAUGGCCAAUUCUUCAUAACAUUGGUCAAGUGAUGCCCAAUUUAACACAACUAGACAUUUCUACGAACUCUUUGAGUGGAAGCAUUCCUCUGUUCUUGGGUAAUUUAAGCCAAUUACAAGUCAUAUUGAUCUCAAACAACCUCUUGUCUGGUGAGAUUCCUCAUUUUUGGAACAAUAUACCAUCAUUGGUUUCUAUAGACUUGUCAAACAAUAGUCUCUCUGGUACAAUCCCAAGAUCUUUAGGCUCUCUUACUUCACUCCAGUUCUUGAGCCUCUCUAGCAACAACUUUUCAGGUGAAUUUCCUUCCUUGAAAAACUGCACUUACCUGAAUAUUCUUGAUCUUGCUGAUAACAAGUUUUCUGGACCGAUUCUGGCUUCCAUUGAAGAAAGCAUGCCCAAUUUACAGAUUUUAAGCUUGAGGUCCAACUCAUUUACGGGAAGCAUCCCUUUAAAUUUAUGUGGCCUUUCCGCUUUCCAUAUAUUGGACUUCUCACACAACAAUCUUUCCGGAAAUAUUCCCCACUGCAUAGGUAAUUUGAGUUACUUGAAAUCUGAGGCCACUUUCAUAGGCAACUAUGCUAACUUUGGAAGAUUUGAGUUGGUGUCAAAAGGAAGAGUGUAUGUAUAUGAUUAUGGCGCCAUCCUUUCCCUUGUUACAAGCAUUGAUCUCUCGGACAAUAAAUUGUCAGGAGAGAUACCUAUGGGCCUAACAAGCCUUAUAAAGUUGGGCACCUUAAAUUUGUCCAUGAAUCAUUUGACAGGAAAUAUCCCAGCAAAUAUCGGAAACUUGGAGUCUAUAGAAACUCUUGAUCUAUCAUUGAACAAACUUUCAGGUUCAAUUCCACAGAGCAUGGUUAAUUUAACAUUUUUGAAUCAUUUGAAUCUGUCAUACAAUAACUUGUCCGGGACAAUUCCAACGAGUAACCAGUUUCAGACCUUUGUUGACCCGUCAAUUUAUGAGGGCAACCCCGGUCUUAGCUGGUGUCCAUUACCAACUGGUUGCCAAGACAAUGAAGAAGCACCUCAAGUUCCAAGUGGAGAUGGAGAAGAGGAUGAUGGCAGUAAACUUGAAAAGCUACAGUUCAUCAUCAGCAUGGUGAUAGGUUUCUGUGCAGGGUUUUGGGGAGUUUUUGGGACUUUGGCCAUGAAGGGGUCUUGGAGACAUUCCUAUUUUCACUUCAUUGACAAAGUGAAAGAUGCUGUCCUUGAUUUUUUCCCAGCCAUUGGUACUUAUCUGCAGAAAAGAUUGUAGAGCACUGAAGAAGCUGCACAUGUGAAGGCAUAUGUAUGCAAGCAAAUAAAGCAAAGUUCAGUAUUGUCCUUUACAAUUUUGUAAGUUGGUUAUUGUAAUAUGAAUUUAUACUUUUGUGUAU